AUGACGCUAGGCUGUUUCCAAUGCACCAAACGCCGCAUCGUCUGCGACAGAGCCCACCCCAUCUGCAAGAAAUGUCAGAAGAAAGGUAUUGAGUGUUCCGGGCUGGGCCGCUUCCGAUUCACCGAUGGUGUCGCCUCAAGGGGUCGAUUGAAGGGGUGCGCGAUUCCGGCUGUGGACGUUGCCCCUGAGAUUGUUUUUGCGCAGACCCAGACCCAGACCCAGAGGCAGCUCCGAUGGCGGGAGGGGAGGGUCUAUAGACGGUCGCGGAAGGCCAGGGUCGAUCCGGUUACUGAACGGGGUACCAAUACUGGUGCAGAGGGGGACGCGCCUGACGAGGUGGAGGAGGUGCAGAGGGGGACGGAUACAAAUGCGCUGUGUGUUGCGCCGUGGGUGGCUCCGCUGGGUGCGCGCGCGCGGAUGCUCUUCUCGCACUUCGCCCGGGACGUUGCGCCGGUCAUGGUCCUCCUCGAUGACGUCUCGAACGGAUACCGAGACCUGCUCCUCCCGAUGGCCUGCACGGACGACCUGGUGCGACAGGCGGUGGAAGUCGUCGCGACGCAGUAUCUAGCCCAGCUGCAGCCGUCUUUCCAGCAUGCGGCCGACACCGGCCGCGCGGCGAUCAUCUCCCGGCUGCGUCGGGAAUCCCUACACUUCUCUCCGGACAGUGUAUUCAGCGCCUCGACCUGGGCCACGCUGAUCGUCCUCCUGGUCGGCGAAACAAUCACCGGCAGCGACGAGUACCACCACCUCCUCCAGACCUUGCUCUGCCUGGUGCGCAACCUCGCGCCGCAGGUCCCCUCCGACGCAACCCGCUUCCUCACCAAGCAAACCCACAUGUUCCAACUCCUCGGACUACCGCUCCUGAGCGAACACCACGGCAUGCAUAUCCUCCAAACACCCCCCGACCAAACCCUCGACUGGCUCGCCUACGACCUCCCCGCCCACUCAUCCCACCACACUCUCGUCGGCCUCACCCGCCAGGCCUUCACCCUCGCCGCGCACAUCUACCUCAACCGCAUAACCACCAACACCGACCAGCGGGACCUAACCGAGCGUCUCCGCCGACUGAUCAGCCAGAUCGACCCCGACGGGCCUGGCGCGCAUGCGCUCGUCUGGGCGUGCUUCAUUGCGGCGGCUGACACCGCAGACGAGACGCAUCGGCGGUUUUUCGUGGAGCGCAUGGAAAGGGUCUACCUGAAGACAAGAUUCCGGAAUGUGAUAACGGCCGUGCAGGCGUUGCCGGGGAUCUGGGCGCGGCGGGGGGAGAGACGCUGGACGGAGGAUCUGUUUCGGUCUACGGCUGCACUGGUGAUGUAA